UUUUUUUUGCUUAUAUCGAUUAUAUGUCAUUAUAUCAUAUUUCGUGUCACCAAUUAAGAGUUUAUAAAGAUCAUUUUAUAAUAAUUAAUCACGAUGUAUUCAGAAAAAAUAUCAUUUCAAAAUGAUAUUCUCCUUAAAUUGUCUAUUUCUGAAAGAAGCUCCUACCCGAGCUAUUCAAGUUAAAAUUAGUGAUAAAAUUAUCGUUGACAAUUGCACGAUCAAAUAUGAAGACAUUACAGUUUCAGAUGUCAAGUCUCUUAUCUUGUCUAAAAAAGGAUUUAGUUAUUCUCCUGACAAUCUGAAUCUUUGGAAGGUUGACCGGGAUAGUGUCAUCAAGAACAUCGAGUUGCUUGAAACAUUUUCUACCGAAAAUGAUAUUAAAGAAAAACUUGGAGGAAAAUUGAUGCAACCUCUACUUUUUCUUGAUGAAUAUUUCAACGAGGAUAGUUUUAAAGAUAAGAAAAGCAAGUCUGCCAUUCACAUCAUCGUGCAACGUCUGACCACCACCACUGGUCCCUCCCAACAAGGACCUAACUGGAACGAUGCUUCUUCCAUCUAUGAGUGGAUACAACAACAAUUCACAUUGGACCGAAAACGAAAACGAAUGCGACUCGUUGGAAGCUUUGGCAAAAACUUUGAACUUUGUCAACGAGAUGACACCAUUAAAACCCUCUGGAAUGGUAAUCAAAGGCUAAUUGGGAUUGAGAGACGAUUUCAAUUCCGUACGGAAGAUGACAGAAGCUAUCAUCCAAUUCCUGUCUUAGCGGGCGGACCUGGAAUUGGAAAGAGCAGAUUUCUAGACGAAGUUGAAGAAUUAAUCAAGGAAAAAGCUGAGGAAUCUCAAAAUAAUGAUUUCAAAAACAUGAUUACCAUCAAUACAACCUAUGGGAAUUCAACCAUCGCUGACGAAAUCGAUGUAAGGAUUCAAGCACAGCCAUCUCUCGUACUACGUAUUCUAUAUAAGUACUUUCAACCAAAACACAAAGAUUAUGCUCAAAGCUAUAAUUUUCUCUGCUUCCGCGCAUGCUGUAUGCAAGCUAAUCCAGACAUUUCAUUACUUACCCUGGACAUUGCUCUUCAAAUUAUCUACAAAGACUUUGUGCAAAUUAAUCCAACAACACUUGAUCCUCUUCUGGUCCUGGUCCUUGGCAUCGACGAGUUCAAUAAAUUGCAUGUUCAAAAUCAAGAGGUCUGUAGGAACCUUAUACACGCCAUUGGAGCAUCAAUGUGUGCAUCGCAUGAAAACAUAUAUUUCAUUCCUAUUCUAGCUGGAACGAUUGAAGGACCCUUAAAUAGUUAUAUUUCAGGUUCUAUGCAUGAACCACUUCACCUCCCACUACGCUUACUUAAUGAUGAUGAUGCAAUCAAAAUUGGUAUGAAAAUGAAGUUGUUUGAUGAUGAAUAUGUCAGAUUGGAUCCAUAUUUUCGAUUAAGUAUUAGUGAUGUUGGAGGACAUGUGAGAACAUUGGAAUAUUACUACGAAUAUUUUUCAGGACAAUGUGAGAAAGAUAUAAAACGCAUAAAACAAGAAA